AUGCGAAAGAGUAACAGGAGAAUAUGGGAGAAAAGAGAGAAACGUCUCAUUCGAAAUCAUGCCAAGGACCGCCAGUCUGGUGAGAUGAAUCCCAAAAUUUUGGUAUGGGAACACGCGUCUAAAGACCAACAACCAAAGAAAGGACAAACAAUGGUGAAUGCUCUUCAAGGUGCAGUGUGCGCUAGCACAGUCAAGACUCGCACAUCAGGCAAAACGUGUCCGUCAUACUGGGUCUGGUGUGAGACCUCAAAGAAUCCACAACCUGUCGAGUCUGAGGAGGGCGUGAAUCAGUCGGGUGACGAGAGCGAGACGCAGGCGAAGGAUUCUGUUGGGUCCAGGAGAGCCUCUGAACCGUCUACAACGGGUAAAGUGAAACCGAUACCGGAUGCCUCCUCCUUCUUCAUAUUCAGUCCAACCAAUCCCUUUCGUGUGGCCUGCUUUGAAAUCUGCAAUCACAACUACUUCAACAACAUGGUCUUGGUGUGCAUUUUGGUGAGCAGUGCCAUGUUGGCUGCUGAGGAUCCGCUGGAUUCGGCUUCCGCUAGAAACCAAGUUACUGAAAACUCUUCGACAGCCCACGACCGGUUUCGCCCUUCUUGGGGCUCAUCAGGUAGGCGCAGUCUCCGAGUUUCCGUCAAACUUAUGAUCUACUUGAACCCAAAUUGCACUGUUUUCGAGAAAUACACUCAUUUGCAAAUCAAUUUGGUUUUCACGGGAGACUCAAUUGAAUCUCUUAUUCUGAACUACUUUGACUACUUCUUCACUUCUGUGUUCACCGUUGAAAUAACUUUGAAGAUUAUAACCUACGGCUUGGUUUUGCACAAGGGCGCCUUCUGCCGAAGUGCGAACAAUAUGCUAGAUUUUAUGGUGGUACUGACCUCAAUUAUUUCAUAUCCGAUUGAGUGA